AAGUCCAGCCAAGGCGAGACAAAGUCCAAAAUGGCGGUGGGACGGGCGUGCAUGUGUUUGUGGCAUGGUCUCAGAUCCAAACUUGCACCGCCAGUUCUCAGUGGUUCAUCUUCGUUGAAGAGCUGGUCUUCGCGGUCGCCAGCAACAAGGCAACCGCACCGAUGGUCCGCUCUCCGUAAGCGAUUGGACUCCGUUCCCGCGUUGCGUCGCGGGCUCGCCGACGCUGGUGCCGGCAGCGGGUCCAGCAGCGGUGCCAGCAGCGGUGCUUCAGGCCGGUCGGCUGACCAGUUUUCUCAGCGAGCGAUGAAAUACACCUUCGUGGCGUUCGGCGCGAUGUUCACCGGUGUCGGUGGUUUCCUGGUUGUCACUUGGGGUGCGCCUCCUUUGGAUGAACAAGGCAAGGAGAUCGAAGACGAGUUCAGCCACAUGCCUCGCUGGAAAGCCCACCUGUACAGGACGUACAAAGAGCUUCAGCUUUAUAACAAGAUGAUCAAGGAUCCAUCCCGUGAGAAACUGCUGCCGGACCCAUUGACCGAGCCAUACUACCAGCCUCCAUACACGCUAGUCCUAGAGAUGACUGGUGUGCUGGUGCACCCAGACUGGACGUACCAGACUGGCUGGCGUUUCAAGAAGAGGCCUGGGGUGAACCUUUUCCUUCAGCAGGUCGGACCACCUCUGUUUGAAGUUGUCAUCUACACUUCGGAACAGGGAUUUACUGCAUACCCCAUCCUGGACAGCCUAGAUCCACAAGGCUACAUCAUGUACAGGCUGUUCCGAGAUGCGACUCGAUACACAGAUGGACACCAUGUCAAGGACCUCUCUUGUCUGAACCGGGACCUCUCCCGUGUGAUCAUGGUUGACUGGAGCGCCGAGGCCUGCUCCCUACAGCCUAGCAAUGCGCUGCGGCUACCAAAGUGGGAUGGCAGUGAUGAUGAUCGGACGCUGAUAGACCUGGCUCAAUUUCUGCGCACGAUUGCUACAAGUGAGGUGGAGGAUGUGCGGACAGUCCUGGAGUACUACAGCCAGUUUGACAACCCAUUGGAGGCAUUUAAGGAGAACCAAAGGAAACUGCAGGAGGAGAAGCAGCAAGUACCCCUGGAGCCAAUUCCCAGCCAGCGGUCGUGGGCCAUGGGGCUUUGGAAACGGCAGUGAUGAUGUGGAGAAUGCAGAAAGCAUUGGGCCUUAGAUUGUCCACUGCUCUAUGGACACUUGGACAGUAGUGGACGGUGCUGCCACCUGUGUUAGUUGUGUCGAGUGAGUGCCAGCAGUGACAGCGCACUCGUCAUCGCGCAAGGAAACUACAUUUUGACAGCGGGCAUGGCCAGAAUGCAAAAGCAUGCAUCUGCUUUUUUUGUGUGUGUAACUGUCACUGAAGACAAGACUGAGUAGGUGCUCAACACAGUAUUGCCUGAUGUUUUGUUCUAUUCCUUUUUUGUGUCUGUGGAAGAAUUGCAGCGCCAUUGCACCAUCUGCAUCUUCAUGAAUUACUGAAUGAGUAUGCAGGUGCAUGACUGCACCUGAAACACCAUGAGAAACAUUUUCGUCAUUAAGAGGAAAUGGUUGAGGCCAAAGUUGAUGAAAUCCAGUGUAACUGCUCGAAAAGGUUUUGUUUUAAAUGCUGAACAUCCCUUCACACUAUAUUUUGUGUGUGUGUAGAGUAUGACAGUAUAUCGGGUCAAGUACACGAAAGGGGUACACGAAAUAAAUAAAUAAAGUAAGCACUGAAAGCAUGUGCUGAACAUAGCCUUUGUGUUGUAAAACGUGGUCACAUAAGACACCUAAUAAUUUAGACUUCACAUGCAUCGCUCACAGAGGGUGCUUGUUUACCACUUUUGGGGCUAAUUUCAUUAAUGUGGCCUCAUUCAAAACUUCUGCAUCAUUCAGGACGAGAGCACCAGAAAGGGGCUCUGCACAGUGCUUUCCUUACUGUCUCCCUGCCCCGAGUUCGGCACAACUAUCAGAAUCCACAGUACUGACAAGCCCAAUGCCCUACGCCAACUGAAUUUUUUAUUUUGUCCUGGAUUGGAACCAAGGCAAGUUUGCACACUUGCACAGAUGUCAUGGGCGUCAGUAUCUGGUUAUUAACUUAAAGAAAUCGAUGAUUUUCACACAAGUCUAGCUCAAUUGCAAUGUAGAAAUGUCUGUAUUUCUGUGUAAAUAAAGUAAAUGAAGCUAAUAUGGAA